GCGAGGUGAGCGUGUAAGAUAAGAGAGGAGCUGCUACUGUCGGUACAGACGCGGUCUUUACUUUUUCUCCGCUACAUUCAGCACUUUUCUCCCGUGUCGUCAGAAAGUAAAGUAUCGAUCCCAUAACACGAUUGUCGAUUCGAUACCAAUACCAACGUUAGUAUCGAUAAUAUCGAUAUUUGGAUCGAUCCGCCCACUACUACCAGCCACUGCAGGAAAAGUUCAGAUCAGUUUAAGGAGUGACAACAUGCGUUUCUUCUACAUCGUGAUCUCCUCGGUCUUCAUCCAGCUGGUCUCUGGAUCUGAAGGAGACCAAACAAAUGACAGUCCUAUAAUAGGAAUUCUAGCCCAGGAGGCGUCUUUUCCAAAACCUGGGCAAAACUCUUACAUUGCAGCUUCUUAUGUAAAGUACCUGGAGUCAGCAGGCGCUCGAGUUGUUCCUGUAAUGAUUAAUAGGACUGAAGAUGAAUACACCAACAUCUUCAAAUCUGUUAAUGGAAUCCUUUUUCCUGGAGGUAGCGCCAACCUUAAUACAUCUGGUUAUGCCAAAGCAGCUGACAUAUUCUACAAGCUUGCUCUAGAGGCCAACGCAAAAGGAGAUUAUUUUCCUGUAUGGGGGACGUGCUUGGGCUUUGAAAAGCUAAUAAGUCUGACUAGUGGCAGGCGUUUGCUGUCCCGCACGAAUACCAGUGGAGUUGCGUUACCCCUGACCUUUACAAAAGAUGCAAAAGACUGUCGGAUGUUCAAGGACUUUCCUGCAGAUCUGGUAGAAUCACUGGGAAAAGAAGCACUAACAGAACACUCUCAUCAAUUUAGCGUCACUACUGAGAGUUUUAGUAAGUGUCAGAAGCUGAAAAAGUUUUACCGAAUUCUGACUACCAGCACUGAUGGUGAGAAGGAGUUUGUGUCCACAAUGGAAGCAUAUUAUCACCCGAUCUACGCAACCCAGUGGCACCCAGAGAAGAACGCAUUCGAGUGGACUCACCCGUACAUCCCCCACUCACCCGCUGCCAUCAAAACCACUUUCUAUAUGGCCCAUUUUUUUGUCAAUGAAGCUAAAAAAAAUCUUCACAAAUUUAGCAGUGACGAGGAGAAGCAGAAGGCUUUAAUCUAUAACUACAAACCCACCUACACUGGAAAGAAGUCUGUAUUCGAACAGAAAUACUAUUUUAAAUAGUCUGUUUUCUUCUGUUUAUAGCCAUUUUAACACUAUAGAACAAAGGAAAUUAUUUUAAUGAUGAUUCUUUGAAAAACACUUACAAAAUAGUACACAAUAAACAGAUUCUGUCCUUGCAAGUGUUAGCUGUCAUACUGGUGUCGGCUAUUUAGUAUCAAUGAAUCUAAUAAAAAAAAACCUUGUUGCAAGCAAA